CCACAACUCGCAACGGCCGGAGGUUCAGCAACCCGACAGCGACGCACGCGACUGAAUUGAUCCCUGCCCCUCUCCAGUUUUCUUCCCCAGGUAGCGCGUGAGGUUCCUUCCUACUUGCAGCUAUGUUGGAAAAGAUCGGGCUCCCGCCAAAGCCGUCGAUGCGGGGGGCAACCUGGGUGCUGGAUGCGUCCAACUGCCAGGGCUGUUCUGCUCAGUUCUCCUUGUUCACUCGCAAGCAUCAUUGCCAAAGAUGCGGAGGCCUCUUCUGCAGCAGCUGCACUCAAAAGAGGAUGAUUUUACGUGGACAGGGCGACUCACCUGUUCGAAUUUGUGAUCCUUGCAAGAAUCUUGAGGAAGCGGCGCGUUAUGAGAUGAGAUAUGGGCACAAAAAUAGAACCCUGAAAGCUAACACAAAAACAGCUUCUAAACCAGAGGAUGAAAUACUUAGUGAACUUCUUGGAGGUGAUGGGAUGCACAGCCAGUUUUCUCGCAGGGAAUCUCUGGGUUCUGAGCUUCCUGGGAAAACCGUAAGCACUGCCAGCUCAUCCAGUUCUAGUCCCGGUUCCAGAAAAGCCAGUAUGGAGGGGAAUGGAGGUGGAAGCCUUUCAACUGAAGCACAAAAUUACGAACUCAACAACACUGCAUCCAUUUUUACUCCGGAAGAACUGCGUCAACAAGCAGUAGAGGAGAAGAACAGGUACAAAACAUUGAAGUCAGAAGGAAAACCCGAGGAAGCACUGCGGGCGUUCAAACGUGGUAAAGAGCUUGAGAGGCAAGCGGCAGCACUUGAAUUAGAAUUGAGAAAGAGCAAAAGAAUGGCUACAAAACCUCCUAAUGUAAGUGCUGUUAUUAGUACCCAGAAGAUAAAUGAUACCGAUGACGCUGUAACAAAAAGGGAUCCAGCUGGGAAAAGGGUUAGAAAAGAAAAGAGUGAUCUUGCCUCUGAACUCAAAGAUCUAGGCUGGUCAGAUGCAGAUCUUCAUGAUGAAGCAAGGCCAACUGCUAUGAGUGUCGAAGGAGAGCUGUCACAGAUUCUUAGAGAAGUAGCGCCAAAAUCAUCAGAGGGCAAGAAAAGUGGUGGUAUUGACAAAUCUCAGGUUAAUGCUCUGAAGAGACAGGCCCUAGUGCUGAAGCGAGAAGGUAAACUUGCCGAAGCAAAGGAAGAACUAAAGAAGGCCAAAAUUUUGGAAAGACAACUGGAAGAACAGGAGAUUCUAGGCGAAGCAGAAGAGUCUGAUGAUGAUUUGGCUGCAAUGAUUCAUAACAUGGACGAUGAUAACCAGGAUGAUAUACUAUUUGACAAUUCAAGACUACCUGCUAUCAGUUUUGAACAAAUUCUGGGUGCUUCAGAUGAUCUUGCGUUUGAUAGCAACUUCGAUGUUACAGACGAUGACAUCAAUGACCCAGAUAUGGCUGCUGCCCUAAGAUCAUUUGGUUGGACUGACGAGGAUGACAAACAAACAGAAAGUCAUGAACAUGUUUCUUCUUUGAAUCAAGAAGUACUAAAGGAAGAAGUGCUUGCACUGAAAAGAGAGGCUGUUGCUCACAAGAAGGCUGGUAACAUUGCAGAGGCGAUGUCAUUGCUUAAAAAGGCAAAAUUACUUGAGAAGGAUCUGGAAAGUGAACGGCCAGAAUCAAAGGUCCUUACUCCAGGACAGAAAAUUACAGACACUGAAGAUAUCACUGUCACAGAGAUUAGCACGCGUCGUGUAUCAGCACCAAAAAGUAAGCUAGCAAUCCAGAGGGAACUGCUAGCUCUGAAAAAGAAGGCACUAGCCUUGAGAAGGGAUGGGAAGGUCGAUGAGGCCGAGGAAGAGUUGAAGAAAGGCGCUAUUCUUGAGAAGCAACUCGAAGAGCUUGAAAAUUCUUCUAAAAGACCUGUAGCCAACGAAAAUAUGAACUUUAGUUCAACAGCCCCAUAUAAGGCUGAACCCCCAAGUCUGGAUUUCACCGAUGAAAGCUAUGAACCUGAGGUGACAGACAAUGACAUGCAGGAUCCAGCAUUGCUAUCUGUGUUGAAAAAUAUGGGAUGGGAAGACGAUACUGAUUCUGUGAAAGUAACACAUAAACCAUCGAAUCUUUCGCCUGUAGUUGCUAAGAAGCCAAAGAAGAAUAAAGGUCAGAUCCAGAAGGAAUUGCUUGCCAUAAAAAGGAAGGCUCUUGCAUUUAGGCGGGAAGGGAAGAAUACAGAAGCUGAAGAGGAACUGGAGAAGGCGAAGGUCUUGGAGGAGCAACUGUCGGAGAUGGAAGAAUUGGCUAGCUCAGCUGCCAGCCAAAAAGUUGCAGGUCCUGACGAACACCAGACUGCGGAAAAUAAAUAUGAUAUUCAACAUAUCCCUCAUGUUGAUGCUACUGCAUCAUCACUAAGAAAUACAUCGAAGGAGGAUGUUUCAUUGCCAGUGCAUGCAGUCGAACUUAAUGCAUCAACAGAUCCUGUAGCUAGUAGAAUCAAACCUCAAACUGAAACUCAUGCAUCCAGGACAGCUAUUGCUGAUCUUUCAGGAACUGCAGAAGGAUCACGUUUACCUUCUAAUGUUCUUGAUCAUAAGGAUCCUCUAAAGGCACCUGGAGGCGACACACACAGAGAUGAUAUUUUACUCCAUAAGAGAAAAGCGGUUGCUUUUAAGAGAGAAGGGAAGUUGGCAGAAGCUAGAGAAGAAUUAAAACUAGCUAAACUCUUAGAGAAGCGUCUUGAAGGCGCCCAACAAGACGGUGUGGCUGGUGUGUAUGAGUCAGCGACAUCAGUUGUGCAACAGAGCAAUUCGGUCCAGCAACCUGCUAGUGCAAGUAUCCACACUGACGUGUUGGCCCAUGCCCCUCCAGCCGGGGAUAAGUCAGUUCAGCCUCAGAAAGCAAUGUCUAGCCGAGAUCGCCUCAGAAUCCAACGUGAAUCCCUCACUCACAAACGCAAUGCCCUCAAGUUGAGGAGAGAAGGGAAGACUGCGGAAGCAGACGCGGAGUUCGAGUUGGCCAAGUCACUAGAGAGCCAACUGGAGGAGGCAGAUAGCCAGGGUUCGAGCUCUGCAGGCAAGUCGGCUGAAGCAAGUGACGCAUUUGUGGAGGAUCUUCUCGAUCCUCAGAUGAUGUCUGCCUUAAAGUCCAUUGGCUGGAGCGCAGCUGACCUGUCCACACCGUCUAUGAACGCGCAACCUUCUGCGAAAGCAGAAGCAAGGCCAACGGUCACAGUUACAAGCAAGCCUCAGAAUGAGAAAAGUCAGCUUGAGGAACAGAUCAAGGCUGAGAAACUGAAGGCCCUCGCCUUCAAGCGGGAAGGGAAGCAGGCAGAGGCUCUGGAGGCCCUCCGCUCAUCAAAGCGUCUGGAGAAGAAGUUGGCCUCACUUAGCUAAUUACUCCAUCAUACAUUCAUACCUUUCCUACCUCACAUUUUUGUUUGGGGAGGCAUUCCAGAUGAUAGUUUUGUACUUUGGUGUAAGGCUGUACUAUCUGAGUUAGGUGCAGAUGGAGAGGCUUAUAACUUGUGAGUCAUGAGCAGUUGAGCACUACUUGUAUGCGUGUAAAUAUGUAAUAAUAACUGAAGGCGUUGUAACAUGAUUUUUUCAGGAUUCAAAAGUAAAGUACAUCCAUGUAACGGAUUGUAUAUUUUA